CGAGUGUGAUCGUCUCCAGAUCUAGUUAUAGCCAGAGAUUUAGCUUCGAACCCUCUUGGAACAGCAACUUAUGCUUAGCAAAGUGCCUACCCCUUGGAGCCAAGGGAAAGCUAUAUAAGCCGUGUCCGCAGCACACGUCCCUCCUCUUUUUAGAAUCCUUCAAACAAGAUUCCUCAACAUUCAAGCACACACCAUGACCAAGCCCAUCACCGUCUGGAUGACCCGUACGUCUCUAUUAUGCACACUACCCACUCACCCACCCACAGAAGCUAACAUUCAAUCCCAGCUCCCGGUCCUAACCCCUGGAAGGUCAGCCACCACCAACACUAACAGCAAACACCAUCAAGCAUUGACAUCCUCCUCCAUCUACCAGGUCGUCCUCAUUCUCGAAGAACUCCAAGUCCCCUACGAGAUCCAAUCCUUCAAGUUCGACGAUGUGAAAAACCCACCCUUCAUCAACAUCAACCCCAACGGCCGCGCCCCAGGUAAGCCCACCCACCCACGCCUAGGCUCUUAUCUUAUCACCCGCCAAACAUCCUCAACCACAAGCCCUAAGCCACCACUAACCACAAAAACAGCAAUCGUCGACCCCAACACAAACCUGACUCUCUGGGAAUCCGGCGCCAUCAUCCAGUACCUGAUCGACGUCUACGACACCGACCACAAGCUCAGCUUCCCCAACCUCCCCGAGCGCCACCUCUGCAACCAAUACCUCCAUUUCCAGAUGAGCGGGCAGGGCCCGUACUUCGGCCAAGCGGCGUGGUUCGCCGUUCUCCACCCCGAAAAACUCCCCAGCGUGAUCGACCGCUACGUCACCGAAGUCCGUCGCGUCCUGGGGGUGCUGGACACGGUCCUCGCCGAUAAGACCUGGCUCGUGGGGGACAAGCUGACGUUCGCGGACCUGGCGUUCGUGCCGUGGAACGGGCGGCUGAAUUACCUGCUCCCGGAGGCCGAGCAGGAUCUGGCGGCGUGGCCCAAUGUGCAGGCGUGGCAGCGGCGGAUGGAGGCGCGGCCGGCAUGGCGGACGUGCAUCGAGCGGCGGGAUCGCCUGAUGGAUGAGCAGGGGUUGCAGCCGAAUGGGAUGCCUAAGGGGGUGAGUAAUAUUCGGGAGUAUGAGGAGUUGAUUGCGCGGAAUGCGGAGGGGCGAAAGGAGUAAGGGGAGCGGGUGAGUUUGGUGCGAUGAGGUUGAAGUGGAUACUAUGUCUGGCAUUGUCUUGUUCUUUGAGAUGUGUAUAUGCCGGAUACAUUGAUAAAUUGCUCCUCACUUAAGACAAGAAAUAAGCCCGAGGAGGGCCUGUAAGAGCUGGAUUCUCAGCUGAAUCGGUUGAUUGAAUUCCCUGCAUCCAAAAUUCGUUUACGACUGCAUAAUCGAUUUAAACUAGCAUUCUGUAUCAAACCAAUCUUCCCUACCCUAGAGUAGCCAGCUUAAACAUCAUGGCUGAUCUUCGAAUCCCGGAUCAG